UACAGUGAAUCGAUCGAGUUUGCUGAAAUGGGAGUGUUGAUUGUUCUGUGGUAUAUCUCUGUCAUCGGCAUUUACACAGUGGCUGAUGGGAGCUUUCUCCAGAUGUUCCAGUUCCCCGCCCGUAUAACUUCAUUGAAAGGUGAAAAUGUCUCCAUGAAUUGCACUUACACACUUUUCGAUCCCAAAGCACGGCUGGAUGUUUCCUGGUGGAGACGAAACCAGGACGGGACAUAUAAACCCUCAGCAGAAGACAACAGGACGGUGGUGAUACCUUUAGAGCAAACAGCUGCCGAGCUCCACCUGCUGAAUGUGGAUUUUCAGGACGCCGGAGUCUAUUAUUGCAGCGUGGCAGACUGGAAACAGAAAGUUUCCUCUGGGAAUGGGACUGAGCUUAUUGUGUACG